CGCCAGUCUUUGACGAAGGUGUCUGGAAGAUGUCACUUUUGCCUAGUGGAAUCCUCCUCCUGCUGUGUGCAUUGUCCAGGGCACAGAACCCAAACUGCCCAGCCUAUACCCAUGAUUGCGUUCCCUUUUACCAGUGCGUCAAUGGCGUCAUCAAUACAUCGGGUGGAGGACUGAUUGACCCCAGAAUUGGAACAAGUAAUGGCUGCACAGUUACAGACACUGGAGAAUUUGGCGUUUGCUGCCAGAUACCAGGAUCGACAAACCCAAACCUCAUACCUUGUUCGGGCGGCCAAAUUUGUGUCGAGCCAGUUUACUGCAGUGCUGACGGUACAGUCAACACUGACGGAACAGGACUGAUAGAUAUUCGGAGGGCCCGUAACUGCCUCGUCGACAACAGUAACGACGCCUUGGGGAUCUGCUGUUCCCCUACUGGCCAGACCGUAGACAGAUGUCCUGGAGAUGCCAUUUGCGUCGAACCAGGGCAGUGCACCACGAGGGGCUUGAGUACAAACAGCGAAUACCUUCCCUACGGACAAGGAGGCUCCUGGACCAAGUGCAGGAUCCAAGUAGGGCCCUACAGCAGCACCUCGGGAAUCUGCUGCCAGAGGCCUAAUAAUCGGUACGAGGCCGCCAGGGAAUGCGGCGUGCGCCAUUCCGACGACAAUCAGGUGACGCGCAUACGACCCCAGCUGGCCAAAACGACCGCCGACUUCGGCGAGUACCCCUGGCAGGCGGUCGUCUUCCACAGGAACUUUACCUUCAACUGCGGCGCCACGCUGAUCUCCAACCAGUGGCUGGUCACGGCGGCCCACUGCGUCUCCGACCGCUCCAACCUGAAGGUCCGCCUCGGGGAGUGGGUCGUGAACGACAACCAGGAACCUCUCCAGCCGAGGGACUUCGAGGUCACCAGGACCGUCGUCCACCCUAACUACAACUCGUACAAUCUGCACAACGACAUCGCCCUCAUGAAGCUCGACUCCCCGGUCAACUACGAGUACCACAUCAACAGGGUGUGCGUUCCCAGGGCGGACCAGGCGCCGCCGGCCCAGGGUACGAGGUGCUUCGCCACCGGCUGGGGCAAGAACGCCUUCGACGGGCAGUACCAGGCGACCUUGAAGCAAAUCGAUAUCCCGGUGGUGGAGCAAGGGAAGUGCCAGCGGCUUCUGAGGAGGACUCGGCUUGGGAAAUACUUCAGGCUCGACGAUUCCUUCGUGUGUGCCGGUGGCGAGCCUAACAGGGACGUCUGCAAGGGCGACGGGGGAGGUCCUCUCGUGUGCCAGGACCCUUGGACCGGGAAUUACUUCCUCUACGGGAUAACUGCUUGGGGCAUCAGCUGCGGAGAAGACGGAGUGCCCGGUGUUUAUGUCAACGUGCAAAAGUUUUCAAACUGGAUUUGGCAAAAUGCUGAGAGCCGGACCCCC